AUGGUUGACGUAGAGCCCUCGGCAGCUGUGCAAGGGAGGCAUUCUUGCGUCAUUGCCGAUGUUGACGUCACUCCAUUCACUCGCUCCAGUCGUCUUGUGCACCUCCUCGUCGUAUACCUGUCACAUAUGGAGAUUAACUGGAAGAUCCGUGUGGCCGUGGUGGAGGUGAAAGGACGCCCUACAACAAGGGACUUUCCUCACUUUCCAACCACCACUGUCUGGACGCCUCGUUCCUUCUUCCGGCUUCCAGAUCUGUCUCUGUGUCUUCUGUCAUUUGGCCACUCCAUAAAUAAUGAUAGCGAAUCUUUCUCGAAUGAUAAAUGA